UCCAAGAUGGUGGCAUUUUCGCAAACAACACUGGCUACUGUCGAAAUAGCUGGUCUUUUGUUCGGUUUAUCGGGCUGCCUCUUGCUCAAGAUACAAAACACACAACAAGAGCCAUACAUGGAUGAGUAUUUCCAUGUUAGACAAACGCAAAAGUACUGCCAUGGCUUUUUUCAAGAGUGGGACCCCAUGAUAACAACAUUACCAGGCCUGUAUGUCAUCUCUGCAGGAAUCAUGAAGGCGGCAACCAUUAUUUCUCAUCAUCCCAUGGAAGAAGUCUGUAUAACAUUCUGGCUGCGCUGUAUCAGUGUUGGAUUCACUGUGGCCAAUUUCUUCCUUCUGCUGUUCUUGAUGUGGUCAAUUCACCACAAGAAAGAGGAUUAUGAUCCACCACGGUCUCUCCUGACAGCGUCUGCUCUUGCCGUCUUCCCUCUGCUCUAUUUCUACACUUUCCUCUUCUACACGGAAGGAGGAUCAACGUUCUUUGUACUUCUAAUGUACGCAUUGAGCCUACAUCGAAGACACAAUUUCGCCGCUCUGAUUGGAAUGGUCGCAAUUUGUUUCCGGCAGACGAACUUGAUUUGGGUCAUAUUUGUAGCAGGAGAGGAAGUUGUAAGAAUCAUCAUUGAUCACAUCAAACCGGAGAAAAAGGAGCUUACGGAGAAAGAAUUUCAUGGCUGGAAAUUCGUACGUGUAGUGUUACAGACCUUAAUCCAGGACUUGCCAUAUUUUAGACACUUACCAGUCCUAAUAGGACGAGUACUUUCAAACUGCUUACCCUAUAUUCUGACUGGGGUGUGUUUUGGAGUCUUCAUUAUUUGGAAUGACGGCAUUGUUGUUGGGGAUCGGACAUCUCAUGAAGCAUGCUUCCAUGCACCACAACUGUUCUACUUUUUUGCAUUUACACUAGGAAUGUCUUUCAUGCAUCUGAUCACCCCUGAAAAGAUCUGGAACUUUCUGAAAUAUCUUUGGAGGCAUCCAAUCAUGACUAUUUUAAUCUGUGCCAUCAUGACAGGUUGCAUUUGGAAAUUCACCUACGCCCACCGCUACCUAUUAGCAGAUAACCGCCACUACACAUUCUACGUCUGGGCGAAGGUUUUCCGCAGACACAAAUUGGUGAAAUACGCUCUUAUACCUGGUUAUUUCUUUGCCUCCUGGGGAAUCUUUGAUGCUUUGAAGCGGAAAGAUUCCCUCUGGAAAUUGUUGUUUUUCAUUUGUGUUAUAAUGGCAACUGUGCCACAAAAACUGUUGGAAUUUCGCUACUUCAUCUUGCCAUAUUUGUUCUUCCGUCUAAACAUGCACAUUUCAUCUCACUUUCAAAUUAUUCUAGAGAUUUGUUUGUAUGGUGUAAUAAAUGGACUGACAAUUUACUACUUUAUAGAAAAGCCAUUCAAGUGGGGCAACUCGCCUGAAUGGCAGAGAUUUAUGUGGUAAUGUCACAGCCGAUGUGUAAGAGAGGGAAGGUACUACUGCUGGGAAUUUUCAGUAGGACAGAUAUGUCUAAUCUUUACUUGAAUUCCUUUUUUGGAGCAAGAAUUUGUAAAAUAUUUGAUGAUGAAUGUCUUUUAAAUAAAAUAUUGUAGAUGGAAGUUAUAGUAACACUGCUCCCAGACUUGUACAGACGGGUGUCAUUUUGUUCUAAUAAGACACUUUCCUCACCAAGGAGAACUCAUUCCAUGGUUACUGUGCUACCGUUUCAUGGCAAAAACAAUUUCAAUGUCUGCUCAUGAUUAUGAGCAUUGUGUUCAUGUAUAUAUACAU